AUGGCUGCCGUAACCCAAAUGCCGAUGUUCAACGAACUCGUCGCCAAAUCCAUCAUGACGGAGACGGGUAUCGAAGCCGAGGACAUCAUCAUCCUUGAUAACUCGGCCAAGUAUGACCCGGACGGUGUCAAGACUCUCACAGAGGACGUUCUGGAUGAACAAGAGGUUCUGGGGGCCAUCUUCGAUACCAUGGCAAAUAUCAACCGUAUGGCGCUUGAAAGUCCAACGCUAUGUUCAGGCCCAAACGGAGGCGCAAGCUUCCAUGAGGCCUUGGUUGCCGCUACAGACCAGAUAGCCAGGCUUACCGCCGGCAGGCCCAUCCGGUACGUUGAGCUCGGCCCAGAGCCCUGGAAGUCGUCUGUGAUCCUGGCACAGCUGCUGCGCCCGGGAUCCGGUGUUCGUUUGCAUCAAUACAUUGGUCUCGACAUCAACCCGGAGAGCGAGCAAAUGAUGCGCACCGUCCUGGAGCCCAUCAUCGGCGCGGAGCGCUUCACCUACUGGGUCCAAGACUUUUAUCACGCAUCCGUGGAAGACUACCCGCCACUGCCCGGUUCUGUUGUCGACGAAGAGGAUAUUGUCACCGUGAUCACGAACCUAGGAUUUCAGGAGGGUAAUGACCUUCCCUCUAGAAUAAGAAAGAUGCUAGCCAGUCUCACCCGGCCGGGCGACCUCGUCCUGUCAGAGAUGCAGAUAUACAACGACCUCUCUGGGGGUGACAAGGCCGACAUCAUCCGGGGAUUCUAUCUGCACCCUGAAAUGAGGCGCUUCUCAGCGCUUGUGGGUCAGAAAUUUGACAAGAGCUGGCGCUUCCAUGCCAUGCCCAGAACGCCUGAUAUCGAAUCGCCUCUAUCCGAUGUUUCGUCAGAGGAGGAGCAAAUUCUCAGCUCCCAGGAAACUGAGAUGGCACCCAAGUACCUGUACAAUCUCGUCCCCUUGAACACCGAGGUUGGCACGGUCAACGUGGCCACAACCUUGGUAUCUGUUCGCAUUGGUGGGGCCGACAAAUACGUGCUCACAAAUAGCUGCCUCAAAUUCACCGGGGAUCAAUUCGUCAAGGCAAGGGAGGCGACUGGCACAUUCGUUGUGAGGGAGAUUGAAGAGACUGGCGAUGGGUCAGUAGUGUUUCAAAUUGCUAGCAGAGUGUGA